AUGUCUGACAAGGACGACAGGGCCCAUGCUCAAUGGGUCGUCAUCGUCCUCCACAACGUUGGCUCGCAGCCUUUCAAGAUCGCAAACCUCAGCUUAUCCUGGGGAAAGCUAUACGCCGACGGCAACAAGGACGCCGAGGUCUAUCCCGACAAAUACAACGGCAUGAGUGUUGGUCCCGAUAACAAGGUUCAGAUCAACUCGUGUGGCAGGGCGGACUCUUCCUCCGGCACCGAGGGAUCUUUCGACAUUGUCGACCCCAACGACGGCAACAGGAUCAUACGCAGCUUCUACUGGGACUGCCCCUGGGGAAGCAAGGCCAAUACAUGGAACCCCACCGGUAGCAACACCAAAUGGAUGAUCGAGUGGUCUGGCCAGAACUUGGAUAGCGGUGCUCUUGGCACCAUCAGCGUCGAUGUCCUGCGCAAGCCGUUCUAG